UACUCUUCUGAGGGCGCCGACAAGCGCCUCAGUGGAGCGGCCGCUUCCGCCAUGGGAUGUACUCAUUCUUCAUCGGCGAAAAGCAGCGGAUCAGCUUCAGGUUCAGCAGCCCAGACGCAACCUGCCGGGCAGAACGAUGUAUCCUCCUCCGCGAUUGUUGCUUCAGUUCACGCGAAAAGCAGCGAUGGACCCGUUAAGCAGGUCCGUGAUUCAGUUCAAGACAUAACUGCACAUGAAGGCAAGACAUAUAAACAAACCCACAAGGCUAGCAGCAGCGCGGAGGGCUACGCAAGCGCCAGCGAUGGAGGCAACGAUGAAAGACCAGCAACUUACCACAACCGCGACGAUAAAUGCACCGCCGCUAGCAGCCCGACCCACCAGCAACUAGGCAGCGGCCCCAGCCCCAUCCACACGCAUCAUCACCAACCCACAUCACCAGUAGCAGCAACAUCCAACAAUAAUAAUCACAAGCAGUCCUCCUCCGUUGACGCAGCCGGAGGCGCCGGAGGCGCUGCAAUGUACGGCAGCCGCACCGCCAGCUGCGAGGACAGUCGCAGCGCGUACGGCAGUGCGCUGUACGGCACAUUAGACCGCACGGGAAGUACGGCAACCACCACCACAACCCCAACCGCCGCAUCCGAAGCUCAUGCGGGCCAACAGCAGCAGGGCGCAGGCGGCGGCGGCCGCAACACCAGCCAAGACGCCCGGCACAGCAACCGCAGCAGCUUUGCAGCGGAGGGGCUCUCCCCCGGGGCCAUCCGGGCAGCCUACGCUACCAACGGCAGCAGCGCGGCGGGGCGGGGUGGAGGCGGGCGGAGCGAGGAGGUGGCGGACGAGGAGGUGGUUCCUCCGCUGCCUCCCGCGGUGGAGGCGGCUCGGUGCAGCCGGCAGGCGCGGCUGAGCAGCAUCCAGGCGGCGGAUGUGAUGGGGGUGGGCGGAGACAAGGCGGGGCAGGCGGGCAGAGCCCUGCCCGCCGCCUACGACCCGCUCCCCGGCUUCCAGCCGCCGGCCCCGCUGGCGGCCGUGUACCCGCUGCUGGGGGCGCUGCCGCCCGACACGCCCGUGCCGCUGGAGGUGCUGGCGCGGCUGUGGAGGGCGGGCGGCGAGGAGGAGGCGGCGGAGCUGGCUCGCUGCUUCGCCGCCUGCGGCAUCCUGCGCCUGGCCUCCCUGGAGGACGGCAGCUGCUGGGCGCUGCCCGCCCCCGCCCAUGUGGCGCAUGCGGCGGCGGUGUGGCCGGGGGCGGUGGCGGCGGUGCAUGGGCAGCUGCUGGAGGCGUACUGCGGGGGGAGGGGGGGAGGGGGAGGGGCGCUGGAGGGGCUGAGGGACGAUGGGUAUAUCAUACAGGCCCUGUCCCACCACCUGGUGGGGGCGGGGCGGCUGGACUCGCUGCGGCAGCUGCUGAUGAACCCCGGCUGGCUGGAGGCCAAGCUGCACGCGUACGGGGUGGGGGCGGUGGUGCGGGACUUCAGGAGGUACCUGCAGGAGGCCGCCAACGACAGCGAGGCGGCGGAUGUGAAGCUGCUGCUGCAGGCCUUCCAGCUGAGUCUGGGCGCCGCCAUGGCCCACCCCGCGGCUCGCAUGAUGCGCGAGCAGAUGCUGGCGCGGCUGAUGGCGGUUGCGGAGCGGGGCAGGCUCAAGGACUGGUUUGAGGAGCAGACCGCCAAGUGCGCCGCGGAGGGCAUGCUGGCGGUCAACUGCCGCCUGCUGCACCUCAUGCCCCGCUCGCCCAGCCUGGCGCAGGCUGGCGGUGUGCAGCGCAUGACGCUCCGCGGCCACUCCGGCCCCAUCCGCCGAGUGGCGCUGGCACCCAACUGCUGCGAGCUGGUCACCAUAUCGGAUGAUGGCUCGGCGCAGGUGUGGGACAUGAACAUCGGCGACUGUGUGAUGCAGCUGGCUCGCGACGCGCCGCUCACCGCGGUGGGGGUCACCCCCGACAGCGGCGCGGCGGUGGUGGCGGCGGCGGACGGCACGGCGGCGGUGUGGAGCCUGGCGGCGGGGCAGGUGACGCACACGCUGGCGGGGCACAGCGCGCGCAUCACCUGCCUUGCCAUCGACAAGCAGGGCAUCCGGGUGGUGACGGGCAGCGACGACCGCACCGCGCGCGUGUGGAACCUGUCGGACGGCAGCUGCGAGGCGGUGCUGGCGGGACAUGGGGGGGCGGCAGGCCUGGUGGGUGCCGUACUGGACGUGUGUGUAUGUGCCGACGGCACGCUGGCGGUGAGCACCUCUGACGACUGGAGUGCGCGGGUGUGGGAUCUGGACGAGGACGGCGAGCUGCUGCACGUGCUGGAGGGGCACGGCGGCUGGGUGACCAGCGCGGCGUUCGUGGGGAGCAGCCACCGGGUGGUGACGGCGUCGCAUGACUCCACCGCCCGGCUGUGGGACGCGCUGAAGGGCCGCUGUCUGGCGGUGCUGGCGGGUCACUCCGGGCGGCUGAACCGCGUGUCGUGCGACCCGGGGGGCAGCUGGGCGGUGACGGCGAGUGACGACUUCACGGCGCGGGUGUGGGACUGCGAGAGCGGCGAGUGCAAGCUGGUGCUGGAGGGUCACGGGGGCCACGUGACGGAUGCGGCCAUCACCCGGGAUGGGCACAAGGUGGUGACUGCGGCGGGCGACGGCACCUGCGCGGUGUGGGACAUGGCCACCGGCCGGCGGGAGGCCCUGCUGGAGGGGCACACGGGCGAGAUCUCGGCUGUCGUACUCACACAGCGGGGGCGCUUCGCCGUGACUGCGGGGGAGGACUGUACGGCACGCGUGUGGGAUCUGGCGGCGGUGGCGGAGGCGGCACCACCUCCCCCCACGCAUGGCGGCGGGCGCGUGGCUGCGCUGUCUGCGCUGCCGGACGGGCAGCUGGUGGUGUCUGCGGGGGACGAUGGGCGCGUGUACCUGUGGGACCCGGUGGAGGGCACCUGCCUGAAGCGCAUGGAGGGGCACCGCGCGGGGGUGCGCUUCAUGCGCGUGUCGGCGGACGGGGCGCACGUCGUCACCGGCAGCGGGGACAGACAGAUCUGCCGCUGGAACUGGUCCGCCUACUCUGCUGCCGCCGCCGCCGCCUCGCAGCGCCGCUCCCUGGAGCGCCGCGACUUCAUGCUGCACACGCUGCUCACCUCGGGGGGCGGACACACCUGCGCCUCCUCCUCCGUGGGCGGACACAGCGGCAACACCACCGGCACGGGAGCGGUGGGCGGGGGAGGAGGGGGAGCAGGAGGGGGAGCAGGAGCGGCAGGAGGGGUGAAUGGCGGCGUGUCAAACCGGACCAGUGAGGAGGAUGACCCCAUGACGGCGCUAGCGGCGCUGAAACCUCCGGGAGCAGGUGCGGCAGGGGCCCCAGCUGCAGGGCCGGCGGCAGCGGCGCCGACAGUGCCGGCGGCGGCGGCGGCGGCGCAGACACCGCUAUCCGCGCUGCCCACUCGUCUCUUCAGCCCGCCGACGGGAGCAGGAGGGGCAGGCGGCGCCGCCAGCCCCUUCUCAGCAACAGCAGCCGGCGGCGGCGGCGGCCCCUCCUGCGGCAUCACGGGGUCCAGUCGGAGCCUGGCGGAUGUGGUUUCGGGGCUGCAUGCGGACCCCCUCCGCGCCAGCAUGCCAGCUCAGCAGGGCAGCCGUGUCAAACACAUGGCGUUCGACGCGUCAUGCCGUACGGCAGCUGUGUUGCUGUACGACAGCACAGUCAGCAUUUGGGACGUGGAGAGCGGUCGUUGUACGGCACAGUUGAUACGGCGGGGGGAGCGCGACGCGACGAGGACGCAUAGCGGCGGAGUAAAUGCGGUGUAUUUGACACGGGAUGCGAGUACGGCGGUGACGAUUAGCAAGGACUGUACGGCAAGGGUUUGGGACGUGCCAACUGCCACCACUCGCUACGUGGUGUCGGGCCACACGGACGGUCUGGUGGCGGCCGACAUCUCGGGGGACGAGGCGCUGCUGGCAACCGCCGCGUACGACAAGACUGUACGGGUAACUCGGUUGGCGGUUGGUACGGCGGUUGCCGUACUGGACCACCCCCAACCGCCAACCUCCGUGAGCUUCAGCCCGGACAGCCGGCGGAUGGCGGUUGGGCUGGAGGACUACACAGUGGUUGUGUGGGACCUGGUGGGGCGCAGCUGCCUGCCCUCCCUGGACGCGCACAAGGCCCCCCUGGCGGUCCUCACCUGGUCCCCGGACAGCCGCUUCCUGCUGACCGCGGCGCAGGACUGCACGCUGCGGCUGUGGCGGGCGGCGGACGGGCACCAGCAGGCCUUCUUCAUGGGCGAUGCGGCGCUGACGGCGGCGUGCUUCGCGGGGCACCCCUUCAGCGACAUCGUGGUGGCGGGGGACGCGGCGGGGGCGGUGCACUUCCUGGACUUUGCGGAGGAGCUGCAGGGGUGAGGGGGGAGGGAGGAUGAGGAGGGGGGGAGAGGAAGAGGAGGAGAAGGGAGGAGGAGAGGCGGGGGAGGUGCAUUUGAAAGGAGGAGAGGAGGGGCAGUGGUCCUCCUGUGGCACGUAGGACGCAGAAGAGACAGAGAUGAUUACCUAUCUACCUACCGACCGACCAUCCUGUUGCUGGCGUUGUUGAUGUUGGCGGAUGGUGGUGGUGGUGGUGGUAUGCAGCGGUGUGCAGCGGUGGGUUCACCAUUCGUACGGCUGCUGGGCACUACAGAGAGAAGAACAUACUCAAGGAGAAGAGGUUACCCUAGCAGCAGUAGUCGCACUGCUCAAGAACGGCAACGGGCUGUGAGUGUGCAUUCAUGGGCAUGUGUGGUAGGAGCAGAGCGGGGGGUGUCUGGGCCGUGCAACGUGUAUGUGUGUGGGUAGGGAGAGGUGGGUAGGGAGAGGUGGGCACUCUGCGGCCAGCUGCAGGUUGACACCGCUGGCUGGGCCGCUACCUGGGUCACCACCGCUGAACGGGGAGGGCACCCUGAAGGGGGCACGCAGCGGUGCAGGGGGGGGGGGGGGACGUCCGUCCCGCUCCCAUGCGCUGCCAUGCGUGUCGGAGGGGAGCUCGGGCUAGGGCUGGCCGCUGCGGGUUGAAGGUGAUGCGGCGGCGGUGCUGCUGAUGGGGCCGGGCUGGAAGGGUGGGCAGUGGGGUUGAGAUGAGACAAGGUGGAUAGGGGAGGGGCGAGAAGGAGGGGGCAAGGCAGGCGCGGACAGUGGGGAUCGUUAGUUGAACAAGCGAUUUCCGAAGGUGUCGAAUGUAAACAUCGUAAUAUGCAUCACAUGGCUCUAUGGUUAUUGGAAGUAAGGUUUUAUGCACGGCUUUUGGAUGCUGGUUUGCCCGCGGGGAUGCGGGUUUGCAAACAACGUUGCUGCGCUGACGUUUGUUGCUUUUGCGUUGCUGAUGCGUGUGCUGUUCUAUCGUUGGGGAGUAGUUGCUGUUGUUUGCUGCAGCUCUAGAGGACUUCUGAGGACCCAUGUGCAUGUAUAUGUGGGAGGGUGGGGGGCUGCGGGUCUUGCGGGAAACCUGCUGGGUUGGGCGGGUGUCAUGCAUACCCGUGUCAUGCCUACCGGGACAGGACAAGAACGAAUGGCCAAGACGAAAUGAUUGAUGUAUUUUGUUGCUCGGACAAGUCCCGCACCAUCAAGACUAGGAGCUGCAUAGCCCCACCCCUUCCCCUUAAUUGCUGAAGCUUACCUAGCUUGCCUGCCGCUGUCUUUUCUGCUACAUACGGCUGUCGAGGCUGUUGAGCGGGGAGUCACAGAAACAUUUAUAGCGGGCGGGGUACGUGAGGACCUCUGUUGAAAGGAAGAGUAUGGUUCCACGUCUAUUGUGUUUUGCUUUUGGAAGAGGGACACGUACUGCUGCUGCUGCUGCUGCUGCUGUUCAACCGAUGCUGUAGCUCCGCCUCAUCCCACUUGGGCGUGCUGGUGUGAUGCCGGGUUCGGGAGGCAGAGGAAGCAGGUGUUCCGCUCCGCUAGGGCCGCACGUGCUCUGCUGUGUCCCGGUGUUUCUUUGCGCGCGUGCGGGUGGCAGCAGCCGGUGAACCGCCUCCGCCAGCACCCCGCACUGCACUACAGUGUUGAGUAGGUCACUGGGCAGCAGCAGAGCUCCUGUCUGGUAGUUUGAGGGGGCGGCCAAAUGCUGUGUCGCUGUUGCAGGUGCUGUUGUUGUUGCCUGCAGGGCGCCGCAGCGUCAUUAGACCUUACCUUUUGUUGAGAAUGUAUGCUCAGAUGUUGACUGUGGUUAAAGACAGUGAGUCGUAUAACAUACCAUAGUUGUGCACAUAAUCGUACUUUGGUGCGAAACCGUGCAAAGGUAGCCCUGUUGUGCGGUGGUGGUUAGCUUGUGCUCCAUAAGUGUUAACCUACGUUACCGAAACGGUGUUUUCCCCGCCCGCUGGAAACAGUGUUUGACAUGGUAGCGCCUGUGUGGGAGCGGGAUGCGGUGCGGUGCGGUGCGGUGCGGUGGGGUGGGGUGGGGGCAAAAGAGGAGCACAGCGCCUGUCAACGCCCUAGUACCCCUUCCCUGUGUGCUGCGGCGGCGGCAAUAAUACAUGUGAAUAAAAGGCCGCGGAUUUAUGGACGGUGGGGGGCAUCAGAUAGCACAGGGUUUGCUGCUGCUGCUGCAGUUGCUGAAGAAGUGUUAUUCUUCUUUUCCCAGGAGCCCCUGGCGUGUUAGUGUGCGAAGGCGAUGGGAGGGAUUAGGUAACUGAGCCGCGAGGGUGGGGUAAACCGAGAACGUUGACCACAUGCAGCUGCUGCGCUCGCCCUCCCCUGUCACAUGGGGGUUUCAUCAUCAUCAUAAGAACCCGUUGAUGGAUAUAGAUACAGAUUUGAAUAAUAACUACUCCACCGUUGGUUGGGCGCCCGAUUCAAGUCGCACGGCGUUGAUAAAUGUGCGGAUGGACCCAUGGGUCACCCCUAACCGCUGUUCUUGGUCUCUGCAUGUUGCGGGACGCACACCUUGUGUGUAUUUAUGCUGUGUACGGCUCGGCCGCUAUUGUUGCUGCCAUUUAACAAUACGAACAAUACACUAGCGACGAAACACACAGGGGCUUAUUACCACUCAUUUUCAGUUCCGAGGGACGAGUUCUUUUGCUUGGCUGUAAUGGCAACGCCCCUCAAUCCCUCCAUAGCCCCUGCUGCCAGUUUCCUGACCAAUCUCUCAAUGCAAAAGGACACAGCUGCGGCAGCACUACUUGAGCUUGCCGUACUAAAUCGCCGUGCAAGUAUACCGUACAGGAGCGAAGAGCGCAGCACGCGACACACGUGUCGACCCGACAAUGCCGGG